AUGUGGUUCUCACCGUCAUCUGUCUCAGCCGGGACGGUAGCCAUCACCCUCAUGCUGUCUCACCAGGCCACGGCAAUAGAGGGUGGUUCAGACCAGCUGAGCUCAUACUUGGCCGCACAUCCAGUCCCGACAAAGUCUGCCGGCCCAACAAUCAAUAGCAACGACACAAUUGCUCCGAAACUCGCCGACUUGGCACUCAGUCAAUGCCCAGCUGGAUGCGAUGAGUCGGGGUCGAAUCCAGGAAACUGGACUCUGUAUCCCCGACUAGGUCGGCUAUCGAUAUGUAAUGAGACUAUGCUACUCGAUUUCACCCUCUACAAUUCUUUGCGCAGUGACGAGACUAUUCGCGCUUGCACCGCCACUUCCACAGUAGGUGCAAGCAGCGCCGGCAAUACCACCAAUGACGGAUCUUGUCUACCUAACGGCAGCUUGACCCAGGUCCAAGAGUCACUACAGCUGGCUUUCAAUCACACCAGCAUUCCAGCCACACUGGAGGAUUUUGAGGCCGCGUCGAAACAACUCGCCGCUGCGUUGUCUCAACGAGACUCGAACUGCACCGAUGUCACCUCCUUCUCCUACUCCAACUCGGUCGCUCUCGGGCUCUUUGCCGGACCUGGAGUCCAAGACAUCUCGGCAUCCGUGCUACAGCAGUUCAUCAAGAAGAUCAAAGGCACCGGUUUCUCCAACAGCGUAGUUGCGCAACUAUGUGUCAAGGACGGCCGAAGCUCCAAAUACAGCUUUGGCAUUGCUGCGAGCGGAGAUCGCGAUAUACCCUUUGUCCAGGAUGCUGUAGCCACCUGGGCAUCUGGUGAAUGCAUCACUUCCUACGACAACGCAGAACCUUGGCAGGCCAUCACAUUGUCGGUGCCAGAUCUUCUCAGCAAUGGCACGGCUGGAAACAGCACUGCCGGCUUGAGAAACAGUACUGCUGGCACUUUCCCGUUGACACCUCGCAACUCCAACAUCUUUCAUCGACGAGCUCCGUGUUCGACUAUUCAGGUUGUCUCAGGGGAUAGUUGCUCAAGUUUGGCGGCGGAGUGUGGCAUUUCUCCCUCUGACUUUACUACUUACAACCCAAGCCCCACAUUUUGCUCCUCUCUGCAGGUGGGACAGCACGCCUGCUGCUCAGCGGGCGAGAUGCCCGACUUCCGCCCACAACCUAACCCGGAUGGAACCUGUUUCUCACACUAUGUCGAGCCCGGCGAUAGCUGCUCUGCCUUGGGAGCAGCCAACAGUCUGACCAACGCUGAGAUAGAGAGCUUUAACACUGAAACUUGGGGCUGGCAGGGCUGUUCCAACGUGCAAGCUUUUCAGAACAUUUGCCUGAGUACUGGUGCACCUCCUAUGCCGGCUCCUAUUACCAACGCCAUCUGUGGUCCGCAGAAGCCCGGAAGUACCCAGCCUGGACCGGGUAUUGCUCUUGCCAGCCUGAAUCAAUGUCCUCUUAAUGCUUGUUGUAACCGGCAUGGCCAAUGCGGUAUCACCAAAGAGUUUUGCACCAUUUCCGAGUCGGCAACAGGUGCACCCGGAACAGCGGCUCCGGGCGAAAAUGGCUGUAUUUCCAACUGUGGGACUGACAUUGUUGUUGGAUCAGCUCCAGCUCAGGCCAUGAGCAUAGGCUACUUUGAAGCCUAUAAUCUGGACCGUCCAUGCUUGAACAUGAAGAUUUCUGCCAUGGAUCUGGAACCGUAUACGCAUAUUCAUCUGGCAUUCGGUCAUGUCACCACGAGCUAUGCCAUAGACGUCAGCCAUAUUGACAUCCAGUGGCAACUUUUCAAACAAAUUUUUGGGCCCAAGAAGAUUCUGUCUCUGGGCGGCUGGAGUUUCUCUACUGAAGGGCCUACGUAUCAAAUUUUCCGGGACGCUGUCAAGCCAGGCAAUCAGGAUACGUUUGUCGCCAACAUCGUCUCGUUUAUACAACAGCAUAACCUGGAUGGCAUUGAUAUAGACUGGGAAUAUCCUAACGCACCAGACAUUCCCGGAAUUCCACCAGGUACUGCCGCAGAUGCAGCGAAUUAUCUCACCUUUUUCGGAAAGCUGCGAGCAGCUCUGCCUUCCGGCAAGUCGGCCUCAUUCUGCGCACCGGCCUCAUUCUGGUACCUCAAAGGCUACCAUAUCGAGGAAAUGGCAGCCCUGGCCGAUUAUAUUGUUUACAUGACUUAUGAUCUCCACGGCCAGUGGGAUUAUGCCAAUAAGUAUAGCAUCGACGGCUGUCCCGCAGGUGAUUGUCUGCGUUCUCACACUAAUCUCACCGAGACCCUCGUGGCUCUGUCCAUGAUCACCAAGGCCGGCGUACCGUCCGGCAAGCUUGCUGUUGGCGUCACGAGCUAUGGCCGCUCGUUCCAAAUGACAACACCUGGUUGCACUGGUCCCCUGUGCACAUACACGGGUGGAGUUUCCGGGGCAUAUCCUGGACCAUGCACCGGCACUGCAGGUUAUAUCUCCAAUGCCGAAAUUAAUGCCAUCCUUGGGGGAACUGGAACCUGGAAGACACAAUCUGGAGCUCUACAGCCAAUUUCAUCCUACUCGUCAUAUUUCGACAGCGACAGUCAAUCGAACGUUGCUGUGUACGAUUCCACGCAAUGGGUCGCCUACAUGGACGAUAGCGUCAAAGCCGAUCGGAAAGCCCUUUACGGAGGCCUCAAUUUUGCGGGAAUUGUCGAUUGGGCAAUCGAUCUACAAGGUUUCAAUGGUGAUACCAUUGGUUCUGGUGCCUCUUCCAACAUUGUCUAUCCUCCACCAAGUCUCUGGACCUCGCCUAACCCGUUGGUGGGCUGCAAACCUCCAUGCAUUUUUGUUUUCCCACCAUAUCCACUGGGUGUCACUCACACGGUGAACUGGCCAGCUCUGACCACGACUCUCUUAUCUUCUGGAGCAGGAGGUGUCUACGUGAAGACAACCACGAUUCCCGUCCCAGCUUUUACCAUGACCGACGUCAGUCUCCAGCCCCUGACAUUGAAAUCUACCGACACGGCAAGCUACAAAAUCAACCCAGUCCAGAGUAUCACCCCAUCAUCUUUCGUGUAUACUCUCCCUCCGAACCACGCUACCUUCCCCGUCACUACUCCAACACCAGGGACGUCUACUGGCACGAGUACACCAUUGAUCAUCAUCCCCCCUGUCACAUUCCCCACAACAUCUUUUCCCGUCACCAUUCAACCUCAGCCAACCUUCUCGGUGGACUAUCCUGACCCACCUACUCCAUUGCCACCUGUUACCGUCCGACCCACUCCUAUUCCUCCCGUCAGUUGCACGGGGCCUGGAUGCGGAACUCGCGACUGUGGCAUCUUCGGUUGUAAACCAGGCUGCGGACUGUUUGGCUGUGAUGGUGGAUGCGGAAUCUUUGGCUGCGGUGGAGGUUGUGGCGUCUUUGGUUGCGUGCCCGAUUGCCCUCUUGGUUCUUGUGGCGGCGUCGGUUGUCUUAUUCCAGGCGGAUGCGGAAACACGCAGGGUCCCGGCGGCACUGAUGGCGGCGACAAUGACUGUGAAACUCCUGUGACCGCAUCGGCUUGCACAUAUGUUGUAACCAGCUACAAGGCUUGGUACAUGAGCUCGUCCACGCGAACAACAGAGACUAACUGCGCGACGAGUACUGCCUGUAAUGGGCAAGAUACGGCAACGACUACAACACCCGGUAGUCCGCAAUGCUCGGUGGACCCCGAUGUCGAGGCGGCCUGGUCUUUUGGACAGGCAGCUGAUAAUACGGUGAUCAACGGGAAGCAAAUCCCGUUAGAAUACGUCCCAACCAACCCGCCCGGCUACGAUGGUUCAGCUUUCACCUUGACACAAUUUGGCUUGACGAACACUAUCACAGUUAUCGCAACCUCCACUGAGACGGUCAACCCGACCACGACUAUAACAGUGGUGGUGGAGCCGACCCUGCGGGCCGACUGUGCUUCCUGGAUCACGGCAGGGGGCUACUGGACGUUCCAAGUCUACAACAUCGACGGCUGGAGCACCGACGGUGGCGCUAGUCUGAAAUCAGAAGAGCGGGGCUGCUUCCGAUCUACUUCAACUUGCCAUUCUUGA